CAUCAUGUCGUCAACUUUAACCUCUCCUGCACUGGUAUAAAUAAUCCGAUUUUCUUGAUCAAUGUCAGUCGAACAAUUGCUGUCGUUCACUGGAAACGAGAAACGGAAACCAUGAAGUGGCUGUUGUUGCUUGCGUUCGUUGCCGUUGCUACGGCUAAAUUGUCGACGGAAGAGAGGGCCGAUGUUUUUGUCAGAAGACUAUCCAAAAGGUUUGAUCUCGCGGAGGAGGAUGUUCAAAAUUGUAUUAAAACUACGAAUACAACGUUGGAGGAUGUACUGUACGCGACCAACUAUGAAAAUGACGAGAUGAAUAGAUUUAAGAGAACAUCUUGCGUGACAGCCUGUUGUGCCAAAAAGAAAGGAUUGAUGGUUGGAAUGAAGUUAAGCCCACCGGUAGUGCUGGAGCAUUUCAUGAAGGAUCGCAUGCCCAUUCCGCCAGAAGAUAUCAAGAAGUUCAGCGAUAGUUUAACUGCUUGCAACGAAGAAGUGACGGAAACAAAGGACGAGUGCGCUGCGAUGUAUCAGAUUGUUGUUUGCAUUAUCAACAAGUACAGAGACGAACCGCACCCACGUCUGUACUAAUAUCCUUCUGAUUUCCACCUUUACAAUUGUGGAAAACGAACAAUUGCUUCUCUGGGAGAUUUUUUAAUAAGCGACAAUAUAAAUCAAUUGAAAUCCCUUGUAUCUUAUUAUUGACCUUAAUAAAUGUCCUCUCGCAAUUCGCGUACGAAAAUGUAUAUCAAUUCAACUGCUCGAUGGCCUCAGUGUCAAAAUAAAUAAAAAAAGUAAUUGUAAAACAAA